GGAGGAGCAACUCUACCUCUCUACAUCCACGGCGGAGAGAGACUCAGAGAUUGAGGAUUUGUUUACCGCCGGAUACUUAUUGGUGAUGCCUGUCCAAGUUCUCGAUAAAGACUGAUAAGUUAUCGCAGUCCGCACAAAGCGACAUCAGCGCUGCCCGGUCCGCUAUUGCUUGGAGACGAACCCGCAGCCUACCGCCCUGCCCCGGCUAUCUACUCGCAGGAGGAACGAGUGAAGAUGAUUCAGAGAGGAAGUCAGAUGGAGUACCUCCUCCUGUCCCUGCUGGUGUGCUGUGUGCCCCCCCUCAGAGCAGAGUACGCCGGCUGUGGGGAGUUUGAGUUCUACAACCAGACCGGCAAUAGCUGCCAAGCCUGUCCUCAAUGUCAGCCAGGCCAGGAGCCCCACAUGAACUGUGGCUACGGCAGUAAGGACGAGGACUUUGCGUGUGUGGCGUGUCCAGCGGGGAAGUACUCCAAAGGGAAGUACGAAAUCUGCCGACGCCACAAAGACUGUCACGCUCUGUACCGAGCCACCGUGCACUUACCUGGAACACCUGACAACGAUGCAGAGUGUGGACCCUGCCUAUCUGGGUACUACAUCCAGGAGAUCCGGCCCAGGAACCUGUAUGGGAAGGUGUGUCACUCCUGCCAGAACGCCCCGCACAACACCAAAGAGUGCAUGCGCACCACCUCUGUGUCAUCGGGACGCGCCCCCACCGACAGCAGCAGCACCACAAUGUUGCCCCACCCUGUGAAAGAUCCGACGGGGCAGGGUCACCUAGCAACCGCUCUCAUCAUCGCCAUGUCAACCAUCUUCAUCAUGGCCAUUGCCAUCGUCCUAAUCAUCAUGUUCUACAUUCUGAAGGCCAAGCCCAGUGGCCAGGCCUGCUGUUCAGGGCAGGGGGUGAAGGCCGUAGAGGCGCAGACCAACAAAUCGGAGGACAAGAAAGACGUCCCAGAGAGCGUUGUCAUUUACGCUGAAAAGGAGGAAUUCGACAAGCUGAAAGCUCCGCCUCCGAAACCGGUCAAAAGUGAGAACGACGCCUCGUCGGAGAACGAGCAGCUGUUGAGUCGCAGCAUCGACAGCGACGAGGAGGCGGCUCUGGAGAGGCAGGGGGCGGCCGAGCCCAACCCCAACCUCUGUCUGCUCAACCUGGGCAACAAGCCCGACCUGUGCCUGCUCUCCCUGGGCCUGCUCAACAGGGACAAGCACCCGAAUGGGCCUGUGGCCAACCACCUCAGCAACUCCACCAACGUCAGCAACGCCAACACCAUCAACAAUAACAACAACAACAAGGCAACAGGGAUUCAGAGUCGAAGGAAAAAGAUCCUGGACUUGUAUGCUAAAGCCUGCAGCGUCGCAGACGGACUGAGCCCCACCGAGCUGCCGUUCGACUGCCUGGAGAAGGCCAGCCGCAUGCUGAGCUCGUCCUACAGCAGCGAGGCGGCCGUGGUGAAGACCUGGAGGCACCUGGCCGAGAGCUUCGGCCUGAAGAGGGACGAGAUCGGGGGCAUGAGCGACGGCCUGCAGCUGUUCGAGAGGGUGAGCACGGCGGGCUACAGCAUCCCCGACCUGCUGACCCGCCUGGUGCAGAUCGAGAGGCUGGACGCCGUGGAGUCCCUGUGCUCCGACGUGCUGGGCGGCACCGAGGGAGGGCCCGUGCACGUCAGCGGCCCCUCCCUGUCCUCUCGCUGCGCCAGUGUGUGACGGAGCGGGGGGGGGGGGGGAGGGGCAUGUACACACGCUUUACAUUUCCAGUGCACAGGCACGCUCGCAAGCAUCCACAGACAUGAAUGCACUUGAACACACACGCACACACAAACACCAAGCCAUUCACAUGAAGAAUAUCAGCAAACCUCCCUCGUAUCACUGUCGGCCUGGGGUGAGGAGAAAAUGGGAUGUGAACCGGAAUCGCCGAGGUUAUAUUUCGUUUUUGUUCCGUCUCUCUCCCUUCAAUUUGGAGAGCUUCUAUUGUUCAUAGUGGACACAGGACUUGUAAACGGACAUUGCGCUGGGUGCGAAAGUGAAAAGCUUUUUUAUAAUCGUCUCACACAUUUCCAGAACUCUGGGUUGUUUGAAGUCAGGAGGGGUGGGUGAGUCAGUGACAACAACAAGUGGACACAUCACUCAGCCGUUAGCCCUGCAUUGGCCUCAUGGUUUGCCCAAACAGACCUCAAACAAACUUCAGACGUACACAAUCUCCAGACCUCUGAAACCACUCUGCUGCUCCAUUCCAUCAGACCCCCUCCCACCCCCCCAACGCUGCGGGCUGGCGCUGCCGCCAGCCCCUGAUUAGCUGUCGUGUGGCGGUCUCGCCUCUAAUAGGCUGAAGUGUUGUGGUUUACAGGCCUGGUGCAAAGUGCCUGUGAUUUCCACCACCCAAUUAACCAUUACAGCCAGUUAACCACCAAAGCCCAGUGGAAAAACUAUAAAAAGAGGCCAGUUUGGAGCGCGGAGGACUCCUGCCUCAGGGACCCUAUGGUGAGCUACGAGGGGACUUGAGGAGAGGGGAGCAUAGGGGAAGAAAAGAGAGGAGAUGGGAGGUAAGAAGUGCAAACGUUUGCGUUUCCUGGACUGUUUAGCUGAUAAGCUUUAGGAUACGAGCAAAAUAGACAAAGAAGGCCUUCUGACCUUGGUUUCGAUUUCUUUUCGAAAAGCUUUCGGAUCGUCAGCUGUAUGCUUUUGCUCCUCUGGGUGGAAAUAAUGAUUUAUGACUGUUUUCCAUCAAGGGUUCAACAUGCACAGUUCAAGACAAUACCUUGUCAUGUUUUUCUCUGAUGGAUUUUCACAAUCACAGUUUGUAAAGGGGCUGGACUCCGGUAGUGUAAAUGAAUAAAUGUGCAUGUAUAAUGUUCAUCAUUUAGCAUGUAUUGAUAACAGCUUUUUUUUUUUUUUUUGUCUCCUCACA